UUUUGACGGACGCUUUUAACACACGGACCGGAAGUGGUCCUCCCGUGUUGUUGUCCCCCUUUUUAACAGGAGUUCAGGUUCAGUGUUUGAUUUUUUUCCAUGUUCGUUUCUCAUUAUGAUUACAAUUCAUAUAAUUGUUGUUACUAUAUAAAUUCAAAUGUUUAAGAGGAGAAUACAUGCAUGUAAAAACGAAGAAAUCCUAAACAAGGUAUUGGAUUUUUCGUCAUAAAUCUUUGUUCAUUCGGGUUUUUUUACGCAACUGUGUGUUUUCAAAUGUCCAUGCUGCUUUCGAACAUUUAAAAUGUAUUUAGUUGAAAUGUUGUAGAGGGGGGUUCGUCCAGCAGGUAUGGACUCGGAGAGGGGCAGACACAGCCGGGGCUGGGAUUGGGACAGCCGGCAGUGUCGAGCCCAGCUGGACGAAAUCUUUUUCCGCGAGCAUGACUACAUCCAGGCCGGCAGUCCGGAGCACCGGGAGUUCUGGGCUUUCUUUGACCGCUUCCAGAGGUUCAAAAUAAAGAAGGAAAUGUCUAGUUUUGCGGAAGAACGAAGAGAAGACAGAAAGAAAAAGACGGUCACUAAAACGGUGGAUCUGGGUCUUCCAGAAGAAUAUGACGCCCGGUACCGGAUCAAUGUGUCCGUGUGCACCAGAGACAUCGAGGAGCGUUUGGGGAACCCCAAAAGCAGGCAGAGAUCCUCAGGACCUGGAUCUCAGGAGAUCUCGGAGUUUCGCCUGACUCUGCUGCACUUCCUGGAUUUCAGUCAAAAGCAGAGCUUUGGAAAACUGGCCAAACUGCGCCAGGAGCAGAAGAACCUGCCCAUCUUUCAGUACCGGGAUCGGAUUGUGGAGCUGGUGAAGCAGCACCCUGUGGUCGUGGUGGCUGGAGACACCGGCUGUGGUAAAUCCACCCAGGUGCCCCAGUACCUUCUCUCAGCUGGAUUCAAACACAUCGCCUGCACCCAACCGCGGCGCAUCGCCUGCAUCUCCCUGGCAAAGAGAGUCAGCUUUGAGAGCCUCAACCAGUACGGCUCAAAGGUCGGGUACCAAAUCCGCUUUGAGACCACCCGGACCACAGCCACCAAGCUGCUCUUCCUGACCGAAGGGCUGCUGCUCCGGCAGAUCCAGCAGGACAACUCGCUGUCCCAGUACCAGGUGAUGAUCGUGGACGAGGUCCAUGAGAGGCACCUUCACUGUGACUUCCUGCUGGGGGUGCUCCGUUCUCUGCUGGCAGAUCGCUCAGACCUGCGCCUCAUCCUCAUGUCAGCCACCAUCAACAUCAAGCUUUUCUCCAGCUACUUUAACAACCCGCCAGUGCUGCAGGUUCCGGGCAGGUUGUUUCCCAUCCAGGUGAUCUACCAGCCGAUCCCUCCCGAGGAGCAGCCCUCCCGCUCAGAGAAGCUGGAUCCCAGACCCUACCUGCGCAUCCUGCAGGCCAUCGAUCAGCGUUACCCUCCAGAGGAGCGUGGAGAUCUGCUCCUCUUCCUCAGUGGAGUUGCGGAGAUCUCCUCCAUCCAGGAGGCCUGUCAGAUUUAUGCCACUCACACGCGCCGCUGGAUCGUCCUGCCGCUGCACAGCACCCUCUCGCUCGCCCAGCAGGAUAAGGUGUUUGACAUCGCUCCUCCUGGUGUGAGGAAGUGCAUCAUCUCUACGAAUAUUGCUGAGACUUCGGUCACCAUAGAUGGAGUACGCUUUGUUGUGGAUUCAGGAAAAGUGAAGGAGAUGAGCUUCGAUCCAAAAGCAAAAAUGCAGCGACUUCAGGAGUUCUGGAUCAGCCGGGCCAGCUCGGAGCAGAGGAAAGGUCGAGCCGGCCGCACGGGUCCGGGGGUGUGUUACCGCCUCUACGCCGAGUCGGACUAUGACGCCUUUGCUCCGUACCCUGUCCCCGAAAUCCACAGAGUGGCUCUGGACUCUCUCAUUCUCCAGAUGAAGAGCAUGGGUCUUGGAGAUCCUCUUACCUUUACUUUUAUUGAUCCACCCCCGACUGCCAGCAUCCAGACAGCAGUGACCUACCUGAAACAGCAGGGGGCGCUGGACAGCUGUGGCGAACUGACCUCUAUUGGCAGUUUGUUGGCACAGCUGCCGGUGGAUGUGGUCAUAGGGAAGAUGCUGGUUCUGGGUUCUGUUUUUAACCUGGUGGAGCCGGUUUUGACCGUGGCGGCUGCCCUCAGCGUCCAGUCGCCGUUCCUGCGCAGCUCACAGCACAACCCUGACUGUUCCACCGCCCGCCAGCCCCUGCAAAGCAACCAGGGAGACCCCUUCACCCUGCUCAACACCUUCAAUGCGUGGGUGGAGGUGAAAGGAGAAAGAGGCGGCGCCUCCAGGAAAUGGUGCAGACGGAGGGGUCUGGAGGAGCAGAGGCUGUACGAGAUGGUCAACCUGCGCAGACAAUUCAAGGAUUUGCUGAAAAGCCACAGCCUCCUGGAAUCAGAGGAGAGUGCUCCCUCUGGUGGUGACCGUGAGCAGCGCAGGCAGAGAUUCACAGAGAAGAAGAAGCUGCAUCAGAUGAAGAGGGAGCACGAGCUGCAGGAGGGGAGCAAACGCAAAGUCCUGAAGCUGACCGAGGGCCAGGAGGGAGAGUUCUCCUCCGGUUCGGACACGGAGGAGAAAGGCAAACGCAAGAAGGAGAAGGACGGAGGAGGACACAACUUAGACAUACAGGAAGUGAAGUUCAAAUUGCGUCACAACGUGUCCGAGCUGCAGGAGGCGGUCAACGCCAGUCAGGACUUGUCGUCCCGCCAGCAGGCUUUGCUGAAGCUGCUGCUCUGCCGCGGCCUCUACCCCCAGCUGGCCGUGGCGGACGAGCACAACACCACCCGCAAAGACUCCGACCAGGUGUUUCACACCAGAAAUAAGCAGGGAGUGGUGAUGCACCCCACCAGCGUGUUCGCCAGUGACCCGGAGGUGCUGCACGUGCCAGAGGACGACAUCAGAGACAUGGGGGCUGAUGGGAAAGAAAGCAGCAAGCACCAGCUGCUGGCCUUCGUCACUCUGCUGGAGACCAACAAGCCGUAUUUGUCCAACUGUGUGCGCGCUCCGGCGCUGCAGGCCCUGCUGCUGGUGGCGAACACGGUGGACACCAACGCCGACUGCACGCGGCUGGUGGUGGACGGCUGGCUGGAGCUGGAGCUCAGGGAGCCCGAGGAGGCCCUCAGGGUUCUGUCCACGGCUCUGAGCCUCAGGGGGGAAUGGGAGAGGCUGCUGCAGGUCCAGCUGGGGCAGAGCUCUGCAGGGGGGGAGGCGGUCCAGGGGGUGUCCCGCAGAGACGUGGGGAAGCUGGGCGAACGCCUGGUGCGCUUCCUGCUCUACACCGAGGUCCGUUACACUUUACGGAGACUCACUGCGUUUCAGACACAGAACCUCUACGUCGGUCCUCAGCCCGAGGCAGACACCAAGGCUCCGGUUCCAAACCCGCUUUUCCCAGGAACUGAAGCCAAACCCGACCCCAUCAAAGGAGGCCUCCGCCUGACCAGCUCCGUCACCUACAACUGUCUGGCAAACUCCAAAGAUCUGUACAGCGAAUGUUUGCGUACCUUCUGGACGUGUCCAAACUGCAGCCUGUACAUGCCUCUGACCCCGCUGGAGCGCAUGCAUCACGAAGCGUCCUGCAGGCCGGCGGGCGAGCAGCAGCCGGACGACGGAGAGUCCGGCGAGGGAAAGCCGGCCCCCGCGUCGGCGUCCCGUCUCAGCAGAGUUUACCACUGCGACGUCUGCGACGAAGACCUGACCCUCACUUCCACGGAGAUCCUCAAACAUAAAAGGCAGCAUAUGCAUUCUGCUAAGUAAAGGUCACAAAUCAAAGGCAAUAAAUCAUUUUUUAAUGCA